AUGGAGUUCUUCUUCUUACCAUCUUCUUCAAAGUCCCUCGUGCUGUUAUUGUGGUUGCUUGCUUCAGUUCUUUCGGCGGCGGUGGCCAUCAGAGCUGAGAAAGAGAGCGUGAUAGAGAUGUACCUUCAUGAUAUUGUGGGAGGUAGUAACCCUACGGCUCGUCCUACAACAGGCUUAUUGGGAAGCAUUUACAGUGGUCAAGUGCCAUUUGCGAGCCCUGUAGGUUUUAAGACUCCAGAAGGAGGAAUCCCAAUUCCUAAUGCCAACGGUGCUCUUCCCACUGUUAAUGGAGUUACUGGUAUUCCCUUGGCCUCUGGUUUAUCUGGUACUACUUUUGCAGGUAACAGCCAAAACAACCUGCAGAGCCAGAUAGCAGCUGAUGGACUAGGGUUAGGGUUUGGAACAAUAACAGUGAUUGAUGAUAUUCUCACAUCACAACCAGAGUUAGGCUCACAAGCAAUUGGAAGAGCUCAGGGAAUUUAUGUGGCAAGUUCAGCAGAUGGAAGCAGACAGAUGAUGGUGUUCACCGCCAUGUUCGAAGGUGGUGAAUACGGCGAUAGCUUGAACUUCUACGGCGUUUAUAAAAUCGGAAGCACCAUGUCACGGCUUUCGAUCACUGGUGGGACCGGUAAGUUUAAGGAUGCAAGAGGGUUUGCAGAAGUGAGGUCUCUUAUUCCUCCAGGACAGAUUGCCACUGAUGGUGCAGAGACAUUGUUGAGAAUCAUUGUUCAUUUGAAUCACUACUAG